GCAAAGCAUCCAGCGUAAAAUUCCUUAGCUGCUGAGCGUAGUCCGUACGACUCUGCCAACAGCUGUCUGCCUUUUCAGAUUCUUCAUCUCCGGUUAGGUUUUACAUUUUCUCACAAAAUUUCCCGAGAAACAACCUGAAAAGAACUGAAGGGACAGUCAGACUGAUAAUCGGCGUAAAUGUUGCUUUGCUACUCUCAAAACCCUAGACCUGAUCCAUGACAAGGAGCAGAACCGUCAUUCGUCAGCAUCAUGCGAAUCAUUGACAAAAGAAACAAAUUGAAAUCUUUUUGAAUCGAAAGUUCAGAACCUUAAAAAAAGCUUUGAGUAAAGUAUUUUUGGAUGGAGAGAUCUAGAUCCAAGAGGAACUAUUACUACGACCAAGACUAUGAUGGAGAGUCCAUGGGUAGAACAAAACCUCGGUACAACAACCAUCACUACCUACCCAAUAGUCAGCGCCACCGUGGCAACAAUCCCAACAACAACGGUAACAUCGGUCGACCUCAGAAUAAAGGUGGCAGCAGUGGCGGACAAGACUCUUCCCUAAUGGUAACCACGAGCUACCGCAUUCUCUGCCACGAUGAGAAAGCCGGGGGCGUAAUUGGCAAGUCGGGUAGCAUUAUCAAGUCCAUAAGGCAACACACCGGCGCGUGGAUCAACGUCCACGAGCUGAUUCCCGGCGACGAAGAACGCAUUAUCGAGAUAUCCGACACGCGCCGCCGUGACCCUGAAGGGAGAAUGCCGUCGUUUUCGCCUGCUCAGGAGGCGUUGUUCCUUAUACAUGAGAGGAUUCUGGAGAGUGAUUCGCAGUUUGGGUUUGGUGGCGGAGGAGAGGAGGAGGAGGGUUACGGAGGGGUGGUGAGAGGAGGAGGGAAUAGGGUGGUGACGAGGUUGGUGGUUUCGAGGAUGCAUGUGGGGUGUUUAUUGGGGAAAGGAGGGAAGAUUAUUGAGCAAAUGAGAAUUGAAACAAAGACUCAGAUUAGGAUUCUACCUAGAGACCAUACGCUGCCCCGUUGCGUUUCCAUGUCUGAGGAGAUUGUUCAGGUCGUAGGUGAUGUGAAUGCUGUAAAAAAUGCUAUAGCAAUUAUUUCAUCACAUUUAAGGGAGAGUCAGCAUCGUGACCGCAGUCAUUUCCAUGGACGAAUGCAUUCACCAGAGCAGUUUUUCCCUGACAAUGAUUAUAUUCCACACAUAAACAAUGCAUCACGUCGAUCAUCAAUGGAUGGGUUGACUUUUGGUUCACGAAUGUCUACUACGAAUUACAGAGGCAAUAAUUAUUCCUCACGUCCAUCUGGCUUCAUUGAAACUGGGAUUGCUCCUAUGGCUGACAGUACACAGCCUCUUUAUGGUGAGGAUCUUGUGUUUCGAAUACUAUGCCCUAUUGACAAGGUUGAUAGUGUUUUUGGAGAGUCAGAUGGCAUAGUAGAUUUACUCCAAAAUGGAAUUGGUGUGGAUGUCAAGAUAUCUGAUCCUGUGGCUGGGUCAGAUGAGCAGAUAAUUACCAUUUCUUCUGAGGAGGGUCCUGAUGAUGAGUUGUUUCCAGCUCAGGAGGCUUUAUUGCAUAUCCAGACCCAGAUUGUUGACCUUGUUCCUGAUAAAGAUAACAUCGUAACUACUAGGUUACUUGUUCCAUCAAGUGAAAUUGGAUGUUUAGAGGGAAGGGGUGGAUCAUUAUCUGAAAUGAAAAGAUUAACUGGUGCAAACAUACAGAUCUUGUCAAGAGAAGAACUUCCUUCUUGUGUAUCAGGAGCUGAUGAGAUUGUACAGAUUGUGGGGGAGAUAAAGGCUGCUCGAGAUGCUCUUGUUGAGAUCACGUCACGAUUAAGAAGUUACUUAUAUAGGGAAUUCUCUCAGAAGGACACUGCAUUAUCACCAUCUGUCUCUGCAACAGCAUUCCUUGGGACUGUUUCAGGAAUGGAGAAUGCUUCUCCAAACUUAACUCCAGCUCGAGAUAGUCAAACUGCCAGUGAUCCUCCUUUUGGAGCCUAUAAGAAUGUGCAAACUUUGGCAACACCUCCAUCAUCAUCAAAGGAAAUUGUGAACUCUGGCACUGAAGUGGCCAGGCAGAUCGAAAGUGAACGCCUUGAAGAUAUACCAAGUGCAAUUAGCAGAAUCCCUGUGCCACUCGUUACUAGGAGUACACUUGAAGUUGUCAUACCAGAGCACGCUGUUCCCAAGCUCAUAACAAAAUCGAAAAGUAAAUUGGCACAGAUCAGUGAGUUGUCUGGUGCCAAUGUAACUCUGGUAGAAGAUAGACCAGAUGACACGCAAAAGAUCAUUAGAAUAUCAGGUACUCCAGAGCAGUCUGAGAGAGCCCAGAGCUUGCUUCAAGGCUUUAUUUUAAGCACAUUAGAAGAUGGACCUUAAGCUACUGCUAGUAAGUGGGUUAGAAUUCAGGUGUCUGUACGCCGACAUUGUCGUUAAGAUUUUCUCUACAUAAUCUGAUUCUCCAGAUGUAUGAUUCUGGAGUGUAAGGGGCUUGGUGUGAUGGUGUCCCCUGUCACGUAGGCACAAAACGAUUUUUUUGUCUUUACUUAGCUGUUAUUUUAGAUUGAGACUGUUCGGAAGGGUGAGACAGCUGCAUUGUAAAUGUAAAUCAGGAGCACUUGUCUAAGUCUUUUUUCUUUUUUCCUGAAUUAAGAAAGACUGCAGUUCUUCUGUUGUUCAAAGUUUGUUUUGCCGGAAGCACAUAUCUCCC